GCCGAGCAAACGCCACACGGCCGAAACGCCCUCGCGAACAGUCAACAAUCCAUGGAGGUCCUUUCAGAAAACAAAAACGGCGAUGAGGCGACGACGGCGACCUGGCCUGCUGGGCGGUGCACCCGCGACGGAAGCUUCCGCGUGCCAGCCGGAGCAGCCAUCGCUCUCGCCGGGCGUUGCUGUCGUCUGUCCUAGCGUCGCCUUCCCGUUCCCCGAAACGGCGGGCGACGGGGCGCGGCGUGUGAAGUGCGCCCGAGGUGUUCGUUGAAAUGUCGCGCCGGGAAAAUAGCGGCAAACCGUGCCAGUCCGGCCGGCCGCGGCGCGGUCCUGCGUAGAAUGGAAGGACGUGGGCGGAAGAUCUCGCGGUCGUCUUCUCUUAUGAGAUGAGCAUGCAAGCGCCACGGUCAACUACCCAAUAAGUCGGUCCAGCAAGUCAAGCGCCACGAUCAACUACCCAGCUUCCGGGUAGUUUCACUGAGGUUACUAGGUGGCUUGGCUACCAUGGCGCUGUGGACUGAGCUGGGUCAGGCGGCGACGGUGGCGCAGCUCGUUGGCGCCGACAUAGGUGGGCUCAUCUCCAUGACAAUUCAGGCUGCACUGACAGCCCGCCAGAACAAGAAGGAGUGCGAGCAGCUCGCGCGACGGGUCCUCAUGAUCGCAGAGCUACUACCGCACCUGCAGCUGGAGGAUCCGGAGGCUGUACGACCUCUGGCUGGGCUGGGCGACACUCUCCGGGCCGCACACGAGCUUGUUGUGUCAUGCCAGGGCAGGAGCGUGGCUUACAAACUUGUUAUGUCCGGGAGGCAGGCCGAUAGGUUCAGGGAUGUCCAGAGCAGGAUCGACUCCUAUCUCAUCCUCUUUCCCGUGAUCAGCUACAUCGGCAUAACCCACCAACUCAACCGAAUCUACAACGUCCUUGUUCCAGAUGACGCCCCAAGCGGUGAACCGUCUCCAAUCUCCCUGUCGUCCCAACUUCCGUACCUACAGGAGUCUCCAGAGGUAGCUGCAGAUAUGAUGAUUCCCCAUGGAGUUAAGCAGUUCACGUUGGAUGAGAUCACUGUGGCCACCAAUAACUUUGCUAUUGACGGCAGGAUCGGCACAGGGGGCUCUGGAGAUGUGUACAAAGGCAGGCUUCACGAUGGGCGGGUGGUGGCCGUCAAGCACCUGAUGGCUGAUAGGUCACAGAACAAGGCAGAUGUUUUCCGCAUGGAGCUCGCAAUCCUCUAUCCGCUCCUACACGAAAACAUCAUCCGCCUCUUUGGCAUGUGCAUGGAGGGGGAGGAGCGCUUGGUCAUCUACGAGCACAUGGCCAACGGCGCGCUCAGCGACUAUCUGCAUGGCCAGCCGGCGACGGCAUUCGAUUCCUCACCGGUGAGGACGUCCUGGAAGACGCGUGUCGAGGUGUUGCUGGGUGCCGCUCGGGGGAUCAAGCACCUGCACUGCCACGUUGUGCCGCCCGUCAUCCACCGCGACAUCAAGUCAAGCAACAUACUUCUCGAUGCGCGCUGGGUCGCACAGGUGACCGACUUUGGCAUAUCGGUCUCUUGGGACACACGCCAAGCUGAUCGGGUGCAUAGUGUCAUGGGCACAUAUGGGUACGCUGCUCCAGAGCACUUCUUGGAGGGGCAUCUGAGUCCAGCAAGCGACGUCUACAGCUUCGGCGUGGUGAUGCUAGAAACGCUGACAGGGAUGCUACCAAUCCUGAUUGAUUCGAAGGAGGAACUGGCGAGCUUCGCUCUUCCAGCAAUUGAGGCUGGGAAUCUGAGGAAGGUGCUGGACAAGCGCCCAGCGUUGGAGCCGCGGCACUUCAAGGCACUUGAGCUGGUUGCACGCAUGGUCGUGCGCUGUCUGCGGCUGAGCAGCAGGGAUCGGCCACCAAUUUCUGUCGUCGUGGCAAAUCUCGAGGCGGCACUUGAAAUCAUCUGCAGCGAUCCUAAUUCGGUCAGUGAAAACAAAUUUAAGCGCUUCUUUUUCCCAAAAAGCACAAAAUCCAUACAUACAAGACUAAGAAGGCCCAAGAGACAGCCACACACACACACACAGCAACUUCCGGAGGCUGAACUGCAAACCAGAAACUCCAGCAGCAUCCUCGGCCUUGAUAUCUACCGUAAUUGGGAGGAGUUGAGGACGCGUGCCGUCAAGACAUAAGCGCUCCUGUUUUUGUUCAGUUAGCUCUGACAGAAUCCCUAUGAUCUGUGACUCGAUCUGGUUUGUUCUGUCCCUAAAGAAAAUAUUAUUUGUUCGGUAAUGUAUCCACGGCUCAGUUGCUGCCGAUUAAUUUGGCCAUGUACUUCAUAUAUAUUUGUCAUCUUUCUCGCGAGGACACAUACGCGAGCAAUCAGGCCUAACGUGACACUGCUCUUCAAGACU